UUAAAAAAAUAAAUAACUGAUUUUCCUCUUCUUAAAAUGCUAGAGGCUCACUUCAUCAUAUUUCUUCUCUGGGCAGUGAUACAGUCCCUCACUGGGGUCUUUGCAAAUGGCAUCAUCUUGGUGGUGAGUGGCAUCGCCUUGGUGAGGCAGAGAAGACUGGCUUCCCUUGAUCUGCUCCUCUCCUGCUUGGCGACGACUAGGAUCUGUAUGCAGGUGAUGAUCUUUAACGUCCAUCUGGUUGCUCUCUCCUUGGUGAAAGAGUCUGUGCUUAUUGAUAAUUUUCUAAUUUUCAUGUUUGUAAAUGAACUGGGGCUUUGGUUUGCCACGUGGCUUGGCGUUUUCUACUGUGCCAAGAUCGCCACCAUUCCACACCCUAUAUUCUUCUGGCUGAAGAUGAGGAUAUCCAAGUUGGUGCCGUGGCUGAUCCUGGGGUCUCUGCUCCACUCAUUGAUCAAUUCUGGCCUCCAAAGCAAAUAUAUGUGGCCAAUUUACAAAGGAGUCAUUGAGAACUAUUUCUCCAAAAAUAGGACUAAAACUGAAGACACACCUUCUGAACCAUUUUAUAUUUUCAUUUCGGGACUCGUGCCACCGUUACUUAUCUUCCUCGUUGCGGUUCUGCUCUUGGUUUUCUCCCUGGGGAGACAUACUCAGCAGAUGAGAACCAUGGGCACCAGGGACCCCUGCAGGAAUCCCCACGUCAACGCACUGCUCUCCAUCCUGUCAUUCCUAAUCCUCUACUUCUCCCACUACGCAAUGACUAUUUUGUUCUGUGCUCAAAUUGUGCAGUUUGGAAGCUUCCUCUUUCUGCUCUGCGUAAUGAUUGCUGGUGCAUUCCCUGCUGGACACUCUAUCAUCUUAAUUUUAGGAAAUGCUAAACUGAAACAAAAUGUAAAAAUGUUCCUCCUCCGUGGUAAAUGCUGCCAAUGAGGAAAUGGGUCACUUCAAAACAGCCAGGAUUCAGUGACUUAUCAGCACCUGCUGUUCCUUGCCCAGCCAACAAAGCAUCCUGUACAUAAAUAUAUAACAUGUCAUCUCAAGAUUGUUCGCUUAACCUUAGGGAUGUUUAUAGCUUUGCUACUUUUUCACAGAGUUAAAUUGAUUUCAAAAGCAUGACACAUGUCAAGAGAUUACAUCCAUGUCAAUAUCCAUCAUCUUGCAAGAUGUUACCAUUGAGAAAACUGGGAACAUAAUACAGGGAUCUUCCUAUAGGCUUUCUUAAAAGUGCAUGAAAAUCUUCAAUUUUCUCAAAAUAAAACGUUUAAUGAAAAAGGAAAACACAUGUUUGCAUUUGUGACAGUAGAAGCCACACAGUGUCACAGGGUCCUUCUAUGUCCGAUGCCUAGUCUUAGGUGGUUUACCAGAUGAGCUGACUGCUCAUCCUCUGUCUACCCGGAGGUCAUUUCUCUCUGUUUGCUGGAGUCACAGACAAUGGAGCCACUCUUCCUCCCUAGAUCAGAAGGAAGCUGAGCACAGACAGACCUCAGACCUUGUGAGCAAGCUCACCUCCUCCAUCCUGCGGAGAUGGAGAUGCUGUGAUGACCUGUCCAAGCAACUGAUGAAAGGGAAGAAAAUGGAGGGGGAAGAGGAGGAGGAAGAGAAGGAGGAGGAGGAGGAGGAGGAGGAGGAGAAGGAGGCAUCCCUUGAGGUCUGCAUGUUCAUUGUUCAUUUGCCCUGAUUGGGUAUCCUGCAGCUCAUAGCUUGGAAAGAUGUUUCAUUUUGCAUUUGUGUACUGGCUUUGGGACUCCGAGGACUGCCAGUGAUCAUUUGGUAUCCUACCCCAUUGCAUGUCUUCCUCCACAACAAAGCAACAGCUGUCGGUAGGUGGGGCUGAGGGUGUCUCCAUCUGCUUGAAGUCAUAGAUGCAUUUUCUGUUUGGCUAAUGAUUUUGGAAACAAAGAUAUAUAUGUGCAUUUCUAAAACAGAUUCAGAAUCAUUUUGCUUUCAGACAAAUGAAUAAUAUAAAAAUAUAUCCUUAAGUUUCAUUGUAACUUGUAGUUUAGGUGUGGAUUUGCCUAUCAUCAGUAGUAAGAAUUCAAAGACUGGUUCUCUAACCCUAGACAUGCAACUCACAGAGGACUUGCUUCAAAGAGCCAGAGAGAUGUGUUUCUUCUUGAAUGUGGGGAUUAGGUACUCUGCAGCUUCCCACAGUCUUGGGCAUCCCUCCUUAAGGAGCAAGGUAACUGCCUCCCUCUUCCUACUUCUUCAUUUCCCCACUUCCACCAGGGCAGGAAGGUUCAUAGCUAAUUGUGCUCUCAGGCAGACAGCUCUGGAAAGAGCAAUCAUGUCCUGGAGGUAAAUAUUGCUCCUAUGUCAGGAGGGGACAACAAAAAGCCACUUUUAUUUUUCUCACAUUUCAAGUUCAGCAAAUAAGUAACUGCUCCUUGAAUCCAUGAUGUCUGUCCCUGUGGGUGAGUGGAAGGAGGGUGGGAGCAGCCUCAAAUGUUCAGGGGGAAAUCCAUAUUAUGCAACUCUGAUGAUUUUUUUCCCUAGAUACCAAAUUCUGAUUCUAUUUCACGUAGCUCCUUUUUUUAAUAGAGGUAGUUAAUGGGAUGACUAUUAAGGUAUGACUAAGUGUGUAUUAUUAAUAUUACCAAGAGUUGUAAAAAAACUCAGUGCAUAAUAAAGCAUCAAAAAACUUUCCCAGCCUGCUUUCCUAGAAAUGUACUUAUCCCUGAGAUGCUGCCUCACUGUUGUGCUGCUGGGCUGGGCCUGGACACUAACUGCUCAGUUCUAGAAGCCAAGUGGUCUGGGCCUGUCUCUCUGCACUCCCCAGCCCUGCCAAUGUCUUCCUCUCUAGCAGGAGGUUGACCUCUGUCACGGUACAGCCUCUUCCUUCACCCACACUGUACCUUUACAGACGGGGCUUGCUGUGGCUUGAGUGUCAAUCCCCAUUGUGGGAACUUCACUGGCUGUGGCGUGUACAGGUGGGACUUUGGGAUUAGGGUCAGACAAGGCCAUCAAAGUGGAGGCCCUGUGAUUGACUCCUGGCGGCUCUAUCAGAAAGAGAGAACAGAGGAGAUACACCCUCAUGUUCCCUGUCUUUCCC